AUGCUGCAGUCGACUUCAGCGCUUUUGCUUGCCGCGUCGCUUCUGGCAGCUCUGCCAGUCAACGCAGAUGGCCUCUAUACUAAUAAAUCCCCUGUCCUUCAAGUGGACCAGAAAGGAUACAACAAGCUGAUUGCUAACUCUAACUACUCAUCUAUUGUAGAGUUCUACGCCCCAUGGUGCGGACACUGCCAAAACCUCAAACCUGCCUACGAGAAAGCGGCGAAAAACCUCGACGGUCUCGCCAAGGUAGCCGCUGUGAACUGCGAUGACGAAGCGAACAAACCAUUCUGUGGACAAAUGGGAAUCCAGGGCUUUCCGACAUUGAAGAUCGUGACUCCGUCCAAGAAACCCGGCAAGCCCCGGGUUGAGGAUUAUCAGGGACCUAGAACCGCUAAGGGAAUCGUCGACGCAGUGGUUGACAAGAUUCCCAACCACGUGAAGAGAGCUACGGACAAGAACUUGGACGAGUGGCUUGCCGAAGAUGAGGGCUCACCCAAGGCCAUUCUCUUCACCGAGAAAGGGACGACAAGCGCUCUGAUCCGGUCUCUCGCGAUUGAGUUUCUGGGCAGUAUCAAGGUUGCACAAAUUCGAAACAAGGAAACGGACGCAGUGGAAAAGUUCGGUAUCACAGACUUCCCGAGCUUGGUCUUGCUUCCUGGAAAUGGUCAAGAUUCUAUAAUCUACCACGGAGAACUGAAAAAGGGCCCCAUGGUCGAGUUCCUCAGCCAGGCCGCGUCUCCUAACCCUGAUCCUGCACCCGCACCCACAAAAGCAAAGGAUAAGGCGUCCAAGCCAAGCGAGCGGCCGAAACCAAGCGAACCUAUAGCAUCCGAAGAAACCACUGAAGAAUCCAAGCCUUCAAUCCCAAUCAAGGUACCUACAUCUGCGCCUGCUAUCGACACUCUUGCUACCGCGGAAGCCCUGGAAGCCGCCUGUCUAGCACCAAAGUCUGGUACUUGCGUGCUUGCUUUCCUGCCACAGUCCGACGAGCCCGAUGUAGAACUCACUGGCCGCGCAAAGGACGCCCUCGAGAGCUUAGCUGAAGUUGCGCAUAAACACGCUCAAAGGAAGACCAAGCUCUUUCCUUUGUACAGCAUCCCCGCGGAUAACACCGCGUCGAAGGCCCUCAGAGCUGGACUUGGUUUGUCCGAAGUCGCGGAGACAGUUGAGAUCGUUGCUCUAAAUGCACGACGAAGAUGGUGGAGACAAUAUGACCCCUCUGAGAGUGCAGACUAUGGAGUUGUGCGGGUGGAAGCGUGGAUUGACGCCAUUCGAUUGGGCGAGGGGUCGAGGAACAAGCUGCCCGAGGGCGUCAUCGUCACCAAGGACGAGCCCGAGAAGAGGGUUGACCACGAUGAGCUGUAA